AUGUCGGACGUCAACAUGGGACGACACUACCCGCCGCUAAACAGGGUCAGAGAGGAUAUGAACAGCACCGCGGGAAACCGCAAAAAGUUUGUUAUCAAGGUCGCCGCGCUUCUAGCGUGCCUAAAAGUCCGGGAGUCACCCGAUGAAGGUGACGACGGCCCGUCGGAUAAUAGGACCAACCUGUUGUUCGAGUUCGACAAGGCACUGAACUUUGAAUUUGGAAACAUGCCUAUUGCCACCAAAGUGCUGGAGCAGAUAAGCUCUGUAGACCCGGCGGAGCUACUCCUCGACACGCUCAGCGACGAUGAGCUAGAGUCGGCGGGCCACUCCAUGUGUGACGUGGAUGAUGAUCUGUUCAACGACAAGGACGACGAGCCUUCCCGUUCUGACAUUGAAUCUGGCGAAGGCUCAGACCUAUCGGAUACGGGGCGGUUAGACGACGAGCACGGCGGUGCCGAAUCCGACUUUGCGGAGGGCUCAGACGUGUCGGAUAAAAGCUAUGCGUCUGACGCAGAGGAUGACAGCGACACAGACCAAGCGGCGAAGCACGAAGCAUCGAAAGACGGAGCCCAACGCUACCGUAAAACUCCCGGCGAAGGAGCGGAAGCAAAAAAUGAGGGAUUCGUCCGCAAAGUGCCCACCAGCGGCGUAAAUAGCUCCUUAUCAUUCUCGCGCCUCAGCGCAAGAAACAAGUUUCGUCGACUGUACUACGAUCAAAACCAGAAACGUCUUCUCGUACCGUACUAUACGCAUCCCAUCUAUUUCAUUAAGUCUCUCCCGCAGCGGAUCGACCACCAGCUGCAGGAUGCCAACUCGACCAGCGUCGAAACACCGGUGGUACCACCGGCAACGUCUGCACCAGCAUUCUCGCGCCCUCCCGUCGGACUUCCCUAUAUAAUGUCUCGUCGAUCGUCGGCUCUCGCAGUGCUGGUCCUCCAGCUUGCUGUUGCCGCCGUGAAAGCAACAUCGGCCGCCGAGAUCCUCUCGCAAGUUCCGUCGUGCGCCUCUGGAAGCCCAUCUAACCUUAUAAAGCUGCAACGACGGUGGAGGGAGCCCUAUACAAAGCGUAUCCAAAAGCAUCGCGAAGGACGGAAGUCCAACGGGCGCUUAUCAUCAGCUGCAGCCUCGUCUUAG